CAUUCACAGAUUUAUUAGCUCUCACACAACGAGGGAAAUUCAUUCGGCUAAGUUCAUUCAUAAAAAUUUCAACAGCUUGCGUAUCAUCCGCUCAGCUCAGCGUUCGGCUGUGCACAGGCUCUGAAGGAGACUGCAGGAGGGUCCGGGAGGGAAGGGCGCCCCGAGAAGGGGUGGGCCGGCCGGAUCGGGCCCGAGCUGCACCGAGGAUGCCCGGACCUCAAGCAGGAGGAACAAUGCGGACCAGCGCCCGUCGCUAGGACUCCUGGCUGGUGGCCCAGAACCAAGAUCCUCCGAGAGAGGGCAGCCGUCAUAACCCCAGCCCAUACAGAAGGGCCUUUGACUCUUAUGUGCUUUUUUAUUUUUCCCUUUGAAAAUGAGCAAUCACGGGAACAAAUAAAGGGUUAAUGGGCCGGUCGCUGCCCCGCCCCGUGGGUGCAGGAGGGAGCAGGUUUGAAAGUUCCUGUGCGCAGAGGGAAGGGGGGUAAAUCUUUCUGCUAGGGCUAGAGGCGUGGUGGCACCCGCUGCUCCAGCCUGGGGGACUCCGGGGCAAGGAUCCCCCGAAGCCUCUGCCCGGGCCGUGAAGGGACUGCUAUCAGAGCCAGAGAGGCAUCUUCCUGGGCUAUCAUCCUUGAGGAGUCAGGGACCCGGGCGGGUGGCCCCCGGAACAGAAGUAAAAGGUGGCUGUGUUUGUGGGUCUAUUGGACAGCGAAGCAGUUUAGGCUUCGGUGCCCCGUCUCAGCACUUCCAAGGCUAUGAGAGAACGAGGCCAGGACAGCCAGGCAGGACUCGCUCUGUAUGUAGGACUCUUUGGGCACCUGGGGAUGCUUCACAGGGCCAAGUACAGCCGCUUUCGGAACGAGUCCAUCACGUCUUUGGAUGAAGGGAGCCCCGGAGGCUCUGUUGGAAACAAGGGCUCGUCGCCACCUUCCUACCCAGCCCUGGCUCCUCACCUGCCAGCUGAAGAUGCCACUGUGCCCACCCAGGAGAGCCCCACUGCGCUGUGCACCUUGAUCCCCCGUAUGGCAAGCAUGAAGCUGGCCAACCCAGUUACUUUUCUGAGUCUGAAAACCUUUUGCCUGGGUACCAAAGAGGUGCCUCGGCUGAAGCUCCAAGAGAGCCAAGAUCAGGCUCCAGGCAGUCCAGCUUCCCCAGAAACCAGUCUAAACAGGACGGGGCCUGCUCCUUCACCACAUCCGGCCCAGGUGGGACACAGGGCAACCCCUUUGCCUCCUGAUGCUUGCCCACUGCCUGGUCCUGGACAACCAACCCCCAGGAGCAGGCAGGACAAGCUUUCUCUGCAGCACCUGUUGGGGUCCGGUCUGAACUACUGUGUGAGGUACAUGGGCUGUAUUGAAGUGCUGCAAUCAAUGAGGUCACUGGAUUUUGGGAUGAGAACCCAAGUUACAAGGGAAGCAAUAAGCCGCCUGUGUGAUGCUGUCCCUGGGGCCCACGGAGCCAUUAAAAAGAGAAAGGCUCCUGUUAAGUUCCUGUCAACAGUUCUUGGCAAAAGCAAUCUUCAGUUUUCAGGAAUGAAUAUAAAACUGACGAUUUCAACGUGCAGCCUCAUACUGAUGAACCUUGACAACCAACAGAUUAUUGCAAAGCAUCAAAUGCAAUCGAUUUCAUUUGCCUCUGGAGGGGACCCUGAUACCACAGACUAUGUCGCCUAUGUAGCUAAAGAUCCAGUCAACCAACGAGCGUGCCACAUACUAGAAUGUCACAGUGGAAUGGCCCAAGAUGUUAUAAGCACCAUAGGACAGGCCUUUGAACUCCGGUUCAAACAGUAUUUGAAAAAUCCUUCCUUGAACACUUGGGAAAGUGAGGAGGUACACACGGAUGGCACAUCUGAAGACAGAGAUCAUGACUAUUACAACGCAAUGCCAGGGAAGCAGCCACCUGUAGGCGGCAUUUCAGAUGUGCGGAUCAAGGUUCAAGCUACAGACCAAAUGGCUUACUGCCCUAUCCGGUGUGAGAAGUUGUGCUAUUUACCCGGGAACUCUAAGUGCAGCGGUGUGUAUGAGAACUGUAUGGGACAGAGCGGGUCAGUAGGUAUUCCCCACGAGAGAGGGAUGCACAGUGAUGCCGCGUCCCUGAGGCACUCCUGUCGAGUGGAUCUCUUUGACGACCCCUGCUACGUCAAUACACAGGCUCUCCAGAGUACCCAUGGCUAUGCUGGAAAUCAAAGCUCAACUCAGUCACAAGGGAGCACAUGGCAUCUUGGAAAGGCACCAGAAACUAUACAGCCAGGAGCCACGGCCCAGUCUGUGAGCUCACUGUCUUUGCCACACAUUAAGCAGCAACUAUGGAAUGAAGAAUGCUUCCACGGCAAGCUGAGCAGGGGGGCAGCAGAGAGACUUUUGGUAAAGGAUGGGGACUUUUUGGUUCGAGAGAGUAUGACAUCUCCUGGUCAGUAUGUGUUGAGUGGACUACAAGGUGGCCAGGCGAAGCACCUCCUCUUGGUGGAUCCUGAAGGCAAGGUGAGGACCAAGGACCAUGUGUUUGAUAAUGUUGGGCACCUUAUCAAAUACCAUAUGGAUAAUAGUUUGCCAAUCAUCUCUUCUGGAAGUGAAGUAAGCCUUAAACAACCAGUAAGAAAAGACAAUAAUACAGGACUUCUGCAUUCCAAGAAAUGACAACUCCAGGCAUAGUGGCAGUGAUUCCACAAGACUAUCCUUAUUGUGUCAGAAACAAUGCAAUUCCAACUUUUUCUCCAGACAAAACAGAACACAAGCUGUGAACCAUGUCUUUCUGAGACCACCAAGGACUAUGUCUUUUAUGAAACAGAGAACUAAUAAAAUACCCUCUGAAUAUGAAAAUCAGAGAAGAAUAAUUUUGAUCCAUUUGAAAAGGAGUUAUCCAUAUGCACAGAGGUCACUUUUUAGAGGUCACAUUGCAUUGAAUAAAAGCUAAAAGCACAGUUACAAUUUCAUAUGUUAAAGACAACUUAAACUGCUCAGGCAGUGGUAUGUGCCUUCAACUCGAUAAUCUGGGAACAUUUUCUUAUGGGGGAAGUUAGUUUCAAGUGUUUUUCUGUUCUAUAGCUAUAGAACCAGUUGCCAAAAAAGUUUUUCCUUGCUAAAAAAGUAAGAAGUAAUUUGACAAACAGUGUUAACUUUAUUCCACUUUCUGUUUAGUAGCACUGUUUGCUGCCAUACUCAAUAUGACACUGACAUCAAAUUCAGACUGUGUCUAUGCUUGUGGAAUGGAAGCAAAAGUCACUGGUGACAUCAUCAUUCUGUCUCAUUUGUGAAUUAAAAGGUGUGGCCCCAAUUCACUGGCCAGUGUUUCUCAAUCUUUGCUAACUGAACUAUUCAUAUGCAGCAUGAGACAAACUCAUGAGGCCAAAUCCCUUGGUUAUUUUUGAUUUUUGUGUACACGUAUAUAAAAGAUGGCAAACAAAACCAGUGUUCUUCAUGCUCAGUCCACAAGGGUUCCAUUCUUAUUCAGAGUACAGAAAGCAAUUUAAAGUAUAGGAAACUUUCCUUUGGAUUGGCUGCCACUGAAUCCUGGUGUCACCUUUAUAUGUGUCCUAUCUCUCUCUCUACAUGUGAUCAGACAAAAUGUAGAGUGAGGAAACACAUGGGGUGAAGGGUUUGGAAAGGCCUACCACACACAGCAUAGUGGUUAAACUGGUGAUGAAAUUAAGACUUUUAGAGAAGUUCCAAGCUCAGACUAUUCAUCACUGGGGCUCUUGGCAGGUUGCUAAACCUGUCUAGAUCCAGUUUUCUUGUAUGUGAGGGAGCUCAGAGGUGCAUUCCAAGGUCCGUUGCCAUCCUAGCAUAGUUUUUCCUUUGUUAGAAGUUAAUACUGAUAAGCAGUGUAGUUAAGGGUAAACAUUUAGGGCUUCCCUUUAUUCUGUGUCCAUCCUCUACUGAUAAAGGGUUUAAGCAAAUCACUCACAUAGUUUGACCCCAAGUGUUUCAGUAUACAGCAAGUACUGCUGAUAGAAAUGGAUCGAUUGCUUUUAGUAAUAGCAGAAAUGCUUCAGUCAGUUCUUAUUUGCACUUGCAAACAAAGACAUUGCCAUUAGUGAAGGAGGGAGGAAGGAGAGAGAGAGAGAGAGAGAGAGAGAGAGAGAGAGAGAGAGAGAGAGAGAGAGAGAGAGAGAGAGAGAUUGAUCUUGAGUUUUCUGGAUAGUUAUCUCAAUACUAUUUCAUUUUGGCUAAGUAGAUACAACCUAACCUUUGUGAUUAUAUUUGUACGUUUUAGCUACAAUAUGGGGUAGUUCUUUUGGACAGAUAUCAUCAGAAAUGAAGUACAUCGAAGUCUGACUUUUUUAUGUAAAGCUCACCGUUUUAUUUCUGCUGCCAUUGGCUUCUUACAUAGGUUUCCUUUCCACAGCUAGAAAAUAAUGGAUAUUUCAUUGUUUCUUCCAUAUAUCUUAGGUCUUAAUCAUUUUUCUUCAUAAAAGGGAUCAGUGUAGUGAUAGGAACUUGUAGGCAGGCAACCUGCAUCAGAGACAGGGCAGGACUGUGGUCUCAUUCCAGCUCAUGAACACAGACUUGGUGAUCAGGAGUCCCAGAUGCAGGGCGCACUGUUUGUGUGAGCAGCACAUGUGGGUAGUCCCCACUGGACUGGAGUGGUGUAGCUAGGAGAGCAAAUACUGCACUUUCAGAUACUAAGGACCCUGUUCACACACACCCAAAAGAUGCAAGAGAUGUCUGCAUGCUAUUUUAAUUUCAUAUUCUCAAUCUCUAUUUUAAAAUGGGGGUUCAUUUGCCUAUAAAUAUAUCUGUAAAUGACUUUCCUAAAAAAUAAAUGAUUAUUGCUUUGUGACA